AAAUUCCAGUCUCCACUCCCUUUAGCUGGUCGCGUUACGUUUUGUCGGCGAAUAUUAUAUACUUUACUACCAUGCUUUUAGUUACAAUUCGUUCUGUAGAAUAGUAUUAAAAGCAAGAUCCAAACAGAAGCACUUCAUUCAUCGCGAAGCCGACUCGAGUGUAACAAGUUCUCACUUCCAUAACCAACAAGUUUCACACAAACCAAGAAUGGAGGACCUCAGUUUCGUUCCUGACCUCCCGACCGGGCCUCUGGACGUGUACAGAAGUACUUCUUCCUUCAAUUGGAAACGCCUCAAAUUGGCCCUUGAGGGCGACAUCGAGUUGCUCAAACUUAAGUACAAAAUAUGGCAGACUUUGGAGAAAGACCCUCUCUUUGCUCAUCCAGUCGAAACACCAUCAAUACAGGAACAGCAAAGAAUUACGCAGCUGCAGCUGAAGAAAAUCAAUGAAUAUAAGUUCAUCUCUAACGAGAUGUUCAAUGCCAGUUACAGCAAGAGAACUCGAGUGCUGAUGACUAUCAAUGAAGCGGUACAAUCAAUAAACCCCAGUGUCUCCGUUAAGAUGGCAAUCGGAAUAUAUCUUUUCUCUAACGCACUUCUAUCCUUGGGCACGGAGAGACACCUGAAGUUCUAUGAAGCUACAAUAAAGAAUAGAGAGAUCCUAGCGUCGUUCUCUCUGACGGAGGUGGCUCACGGGUCGGACGCGCGUCUGAUGCGCACCACCGCCACGUACGACCCGGCGCGAAGAGAGUUCGUCAUACAUACACCAGACUUCGAGGCUGCCAAAUGCUGGAUUGGGAAUCUAGGCCGCACGUGCACGCACACGCUGGUGUUUGCGCAACUCAUCACGCCGGACGGGACACACCAUGGGCUACACGGGUUCGUGGUGCCCAUCCGUGACCCGGACACCCUGGAGACGUACCCUGGCCUCAUCGUGGGUGACAUGCCGGAGAAGAUCGGCGUCAAUGGAAUUGAUAACGGGUUCAUAAUGUUCAACCAGUACCGGAUACCUCGCGAGAAUCUACUCAACCGGACCGCUGACGUCACGGAGGACGGAACCUACGAGAGCUCCUUCUCCGAACCUUCUAGAAUACUGGGCGCUGCGCUGGAGAAUCUUUCUGCUGGUCGCAUCGGCAUAAUGCAGGAGAGCUGCCACUCGAUAUCGUCGGUGGUGGCCAUCGCGAUCCGCUACGCCGCCACGCGCAGACAGUUCGGCGAGCGGAACAACGAGACGCCGCUGCUGGAGUACGAGCUCCACCAAUGGAGGCUGUUCGGCUACGUGUCGGCGGCGAUCGUGUUCCGGCUGUACAUAGAGAACUUCACGCACAAGUAUCUCGCCAUCGUCGAGAAGUCCAACGCUGGACAUCGGGUCGAUAAUUUGAGCGAGGCGGUAUCGGAGAUCCACGCGCUGGUGUCGUGCAGCAAGCCGCUGCUGACGUGGACGGUGCUGGAGGCGGCGCAGCAGUGUCGCGAGGCGUGCGGCGGACACGGGUACCUCAAGUGUGCGAACCUAGGCGACAUCCGCAGCAACCACGAACCAACAGUUACAUACGAGGGUGACAACAACGUGCUUUCCCAGCAGACCGGCAACUGGUUACUUCGGCAGUACGAAGCGGCGCUAAGCGGGGGGACGGUAGACUCCCCCCUCGGGACUGUGGCCUUCCUCAAGAACUAUAAUACUAUCAUGGAGAGAACCUUCCAAUGUAGGAGUACGGAUGACAUGAAGAAUCCAAAAUUCAUUAUCUCCACAUACAAAUGGCUGAUAUGCUGGCUGCUGAAGCUAACGCACAGGAAGAACGAGGAACAGAUAAGCAAAGGGCUAACAAAGGUCCAGGCGAGGAACCGAUCACAAGUCUACCACUGGCGGACCCUUACUAAGGUCUACGCGGAAUACCUCACUCUGUUGUUCAGUUUGGAGUCCAUAGAAGCCAAAGAGAAGAACCUACAGCCGGUUCUAAUGAACCUAUUCUCGUUGUAUGGUCUGUGGUCGCUUGAUAAGCAUCUAGUGGAGUUAUAUCAAGGUGGUUUCGCUACGGUUGAUAUGCCAAAGCUGCUGAGAGAAGCGUUAUUGGAGUUGUGCGCUGAUGUGAAAUCGGAAGUGGUUAGCGUGGCAGAUGCGCUCGCGCCUACUGACUUUGUACUCAAUUCGGUGCUUGGAAAGAGCGAUGGACAGUUGUAUCAAAAUCUACAGAAGGCUUUCUACAGCAAGCCGGGCGUAUUCGAGCGGGCGCCAUGGUGGCGCGACGUCGUGCCAUCUGCCAAAAGCAAGCUUUAAGACGUCGACAGGAGUAUACAAUCUUUAGCGUUGAACAUCAGCAGGAAAGCAGUUGUCCGGCCCUGCCUUGGCAUCAGCAGCAAAGGCUGGUCAGCCCUGCCUAUAUAACGUCAGCUACAGGGGUACAAAAUCAUUGGCAUCAGCAAAAGGUUGGUCGGCCCUGGCUAUAUGGAGUCAGUUACAGAACUUCAUAAGCAUUGGUAUCAGUAGCAAAAGAUUGGUAAGCACUGGCUAUAAUUAGUGAUGUCAGCGAAGAUGCUACAAAAUCUUGGGCGUUAAACAUUAUUAGAAAAAGGUUGGCCAGCCCUGUCUUAAGCGACGUGUAUAGGGCUACACAAUAUUUGGCGUAAACAGAAAAAGGUUGGCUAAUAAUGUUUAUUAGUAAAUGAUAUUGCCAAAAUAUUUAAAAUCUCAUAAUGGCAGAGCUAGCUAUAAUCCGACCGGCUCCCGGGCAUUAUUCUAUUAGCAUUGAUAAUAAAAGUGUAAACUGCAGUUGAAAAUCGUUUGGAUAUGGAUAUGGGCCACAUAUUCAACAUCGGAUUUAGCAUUGACACUCAUGUGUUCGAUUUCCAACUCUAUCCAGAUAAAAAGGUUUGCUGGCUCUGCCUUCGUCAAUUUCAAAAAAGGUAAAGUAACAUUUAGGUUCGUUAUAUUUGAAAAUGUAGGUUUAAUAUGCAACGUCUAGUACAUCUGUGUACCUGAUUUUUACAGUACGUAUUAUGAAGUAACAUAACGUAAAACUUUGCACAAAUAAAAUUGCAAUAAAUAAUAAUAACUGUCAUAUUUUUAUAUGCAUAAUAGUAAUUAAUACAGCAAUAUAUUACAAUAGUUUAUCUAGCACAAAAACUGUACGAAUUGUUAUUUUUGUCGUUUAUGUAUUUAAUUUUUAU